AACGCAGGUAGUGUCAGUGGGAGCGCACUUUCCUUUCCAGCAGAGUAUCUGUGAUUUCUUCCGGGUUUUUCCGUCUCACUUUGUUUUGUUUGGGUGUAUCAGCGCUCGGCUCAGCAUGACAAAAACUCCCCUUUUAACAGCCGUAAACGCCGCUUUCUUCGAGCUCUGUUAAAAACCAACAUGUUUUCUGGGGGUUUGCUCAGCAGAAAAACUCGGUAACCUCGGAAAAAGUUCCUUUUUGUCGUGAUUUCACUCCGACCCGAGGCACCUGUUGCUCCGGUUUGGACGGACAGGUGUUUUUCCUCUGAAACAGGGAGCAGCUUCGGCUCCUCAGACYUGUCAAACUUGGAUUAAAUUUWUUCUCUUCUCGCGUGUUUUGUUUUUAAACAACAGUGAGAAGUUGUUGCUGACAUGAAAGUUACCGUAACUUUCGGGGACACCUCAGUGGUGGUUCCCUGUAAAGCUGGAUGGACCGUCCGGGAAUUAAUCGAACAAGCUACACGGAGGUACCGAAGGAUAGUAGAGCAGCAACAUGGAGAGGUUCCUGUGAACAUCCACCACUUGGAAUACACGGAUGGAGGGAUCCUGGACAUUGACGAUCUGCUCAGUGACCUGGUGGAAGACAGAGAAAAGCUGGUGGCCGUGUUCGAUGAUGACCAGCGCAGCGGUACGGAAAGCCCCAGAGACUCCAUCUCCAAUGGCUACUCCAGCGACGGCGCAAGUCCUGAAGCCAUGCAGUACUUCCCCCACCUGGAGUACGAGGAUCUGAGCAGAGGGGAGAUCGAGGUCAACGAGGCCGUCCUCAAAGCCAACACACCUCUGUUGGUGAGGAGCAGCAGCGACUCCGUUCUGGCACCUGCUCAUGGGACAACCCCUCCACCUUCACCUCCACCUGAUGACCAAAGCAUGAAGUCUCCACCCGAGCCAGAGAUCAACAAUGUACUGAAGGGAGCCCUGGAGAGACUGAACACGGAGAAUCCCCCACCCAAAACGAUGAACCAGAUUAACUUCAGUACUCUUACAAGGACGGUUGAGUUCCCAGGUGACCGGGCCCCCCUGGGUAUCCAUGUGGUCCCCUACUGCUCCUCCCUAAGUGGACGACCUCUGGGCCUCCAUAUUAAAGGCAUUGAGGAAAACAGCCGCUCUAAGAGGGACAAUCUCUUCAAGGAGGACGAAUGCAUCGUCCACAUCAACAACACGCCGCUGCAGGACAAAACCUUCGCACAGUCUCAGGAGGUGUUCCGUCAAGCCAUGUCGUCUCCUACUGUGCGUCUGGAGGUUCURCCUGUAGGCAGCAAGCCUCGCUAUGAGAAGACGCUAAUCGGACAGCUUUUCACUGGCGAUGGCAAAGAUUCCCCUGUAAAGGUCAUGAGUCCGAAAGUGCUCCGCGCUCCRGUCGAGACUCUAGCUGAAACCAAACUGACCCAAAAAGUGGAGCUGAAGCAGCCAGACCCACGACCCAAGACUCCAGAGCCAGCUCCGCAAAACACACCGCCACUUCAGCCCCAAUAUGGAUCUCUGGAGAGAGCUUCACCCACACCUCCAGCUCGGACAGCGAGCUCCUCCCCUCCACCCAGGACCCGCAGCCAGAGCCCGCUGGCCAACAAGAGUCCUGCUGCACCUGGGGUUUCUAACCUCACAAACAAGAAAGGUGGCAAGAGGAUAAAAAUUGACCUGAGGAAAGGCACUGAGGGUCUGGGCUUCACCGUGGUCACCAGGGACACAGCAGUCCACGGGCCAGGGCCAAUUCUGGUUAAGAACAUCCUGCAGCGAGGCGCAGCAAUCAAAGAUGGCCGCCUGCAGCCUGGAGACCGCAUCCUGGAGGUGAAUGGAGUGGACAUGACCGGCCGUACCCAGGAGGAACUGGUGGGCAUGCUGCGCAGCACCAAGCAGGGAGAGGUGGUGUCCGUGCUGGUGUCCCGGCAGGAGGACGUCUUCCUGCCCCGAGAGCUGAAAGGGGAGGAGAGGAGCAGUCAAGCGAUAGAGGAAGGAAAAGAGCAGCUGAUGUACGAGAUCCCGCUCAACGAGACUGGCUCGGCCGGCCUGGGCGUCAGCCUGAAGGGGAACCGGUCGAGGGAGACUGGAGAGGAUAUGGGAAUCUUCAUCAAGUCCAUCAUCCACGGAGGGGCUGCGUAUAAGGUGAGCUGGRAAACGGAUGACCCAAGAAACAUACUGUACCAAACCCGAAGCGUUGCAGUUCAAAAAAAUUCAACUGGUGUUCAAAGCACAAAACAUGAAAUACUCAGUCUCCCAAAAGCAUUUAUACUCCUUUUUCUGUCAGAGCCGAGUCCCUCCGGUCCCGCCAGAACCGCCAACCCGGAGUCCGCCGUCAACGGUGGCAGCCACGCGCCGGCGAAGACCACCGGMCACGGACACGACGACUCUCGCAGCGCUCCAGCRACCGCCACCAAUGGCAACUACGCUCACUACAGCAACGACGAUGACGAGCAGGGCUUCCCCCCGCCGCCCUCCCCUGGUUCUGUGGAGGAGAUGAGCAGAGACCUGCCACCAUCUCCAUCCCACUACAGCGAGGAGCCCAGCAUGGCCGCAGCAUUCUAUGUAAGCAGACAGUUCAUCAGGGAAAAGGACAACGUUCCUCGCAACAGAACCUCCAAGAGCAUGGACCUGGUGGCCGACGAGAGCAACGUUGGAUCRCUGGUGGGGCAGAGAAACGAGUCCGAUUUCGGAGGAGCGCUGGGUCCCACCCUCGGCCUGGUGAAGUCCAGUUCCUUGGAGAGCCUCCAGACGGCCAUGUCCGAGGCGCAGCAGAGCCGACGGCAGGCUCAGAUCCCGUUCCACCGGCCGCGGCCGCACGUUGUCCGCGGUCGAGCGUGCAACCAGAGCUUCCGCAUCGCCAUUGACAAAUCCUACGACGGACCCUCUGAAGACGAUGACGACGUGUCGGACGACAGCUCUGGCCACGAGACGCCCGCCAGCAGCUCCUCCCGUCAGGACCUGGAUGCGGACGAUAGGGGGAAGAAGAAGAAGAAAACCAAGGGGAAAAGGAAGGAGAAGAACAACAAGCUGAAGAAGAAGACGGAGGACUCGGUGGACGAACCAAAGAAGACUAAGAAGAAAGGAUUUAACCUCCUAAGCGAUCAGCGGAUCCAGGGAUUGCGUAGGGAGUACCAGCAGGCCCGAGCUGCUCCGGGUUAUGAGGAGCUGGAGGCGGCGAGACGCAGAGUUCUGGAGCACGACCCAAAUCGGAUGGCACCCAGAGGGGUUGAAUCCCGACCAAGGCACCGGUAUGAAGAUUUGGAACCGGAUUACAAUCCACAACCAAGGAGGGAUCCGUAUGACUAUCCCACACACUCCAGGGCUCACAGGGAACCCAUCCCUUACCCCGGUCACUACCAGGACCCUCCAGGUCCCAGCAACUCUGGCCGUUUGCCACUCCCUCAAUCGUCCAACCAGUCCCAGCAGGCGCCCGCUAAUCAACGCUACUACCCAUCCGCCCAGCCACACCGUGCAGCUCUGAGACAGGAUGUCCCUCCGUCUCCCACGGCUGGUCGCAGAGGGCGGCAGCACUAUGAGCCUGCGGCGGGGAGAGGAGACGGCUACCGGCAGGCCAGCCCCGGCCGCUACACCAGCCCAGACAGGUACCCAAAAGCAAGGCAACGCUACGCCAGCCCUGAUGGCUACCGGGAUGAAAGACAGCCUGAGCCACGGCGGAAGGACCCCAUGAUAGGUGCAGUGUAAAUUGAUGAAGGUUAAGGUUUAAACACGGGCGCUUUGCAAAGAGUUAUAUUUAAAUGUAUGUAAAUAUAUAAAUAUUGUUUCUGGUGGAGAUAUUGUGAGUAUUCUAGUAUUGCCAAGGUUUUUGAUGACAGAUUUUAUAAUGCAGAAUGAAAUGAGAUUAAAUUGCACAAAUAUUUACARUAAACUUUGUGCCAUAACAGAUGUUUAAGAUGAAGUAUAUUCCAGCACUGAAAGCACUGCGUUUUGUCCAGAAGGAUCAAACAGAAGRUAAUAAAUGGGGGGGAUCACCUUUACCAGCUAGAUCAUGACAGGAAGCCGACAAACAAAAACAGGAAUUAGCUCUCCUUCUUGACGUUUAGGCCUUGAUGUUUUGCAGCUUAAGCUUCCUUUAAUUCCUGAAAACAUGUCAGGGUUUUUUUCUUUUCUUUUUGCCUUUGAUUAUGUGGAUGAGGCCGACACCUUUACUGUCCGAGAUUAAUUUAAUUGUGAUAUUUUUUUGGUUUUCUAAUAAACKAAAUAGUUAUUCUUAUGAGCCACUAGUAAUGAAUUAGACUACAACUUUUCCUCUUUAACAUCGCAAACCUGAAAUUAGUUGCGCUGACUGAUGUGUAGCUUACRAUUUGUUUCAAUYAUUGUCAAAUAAGUGAUUUGUUUUUCUUUUCUACAAAUACUUUGCAAUAAAUAUUUUGAGAUUCUCA